AGCUUGUUGUAGUAAACGAAACGAAUAAUUAUUGCCGCUCUCUUUUUACAAUAUAUGUAUUUUUUUUUUGUUCGCAUAGUAAUCGAAUGGACGUCGAUACAAUAAUGACAAAGUGCAGCCACCAAAAGCCACUGCAAAUACACAUUCAAAUACAAAUACAAAUAUAUAAAUACAAAUGCUAAUGCUUUAAAUGUGAUAAGGCAAAGCUCACGCAAACACACACCACAACAACAACAACGAGACUAACAAACCUACACAAACACAAGGGCAACGCGAAAUAUUAGGGCGAUAUCACCGUUACUUAUCUUCUUUCAUAUCGCUCUUUAUCUCUCACUCUCUCUCUCUCUCUCUCGUAUGCGGGAACGCCACUCUCUCGCGCGUAACUGUUCCGUUGCUGGCAGAAAAAAAAGCAUACGCACAGUUAAGCACAGCUGCUGACGUCGUGCAAGUGUCAAAAAAACUCAAGAAGAAGAAAAGGAAGAAGAAGAGAGAAAGCAAUGCAACAACAAUAGCCAAAAGUGCACUCAAUCGAUUAUAAAAAGCAACAAAAACUCGUCGCUUAUUUAUUUAUGUCAUAACAAGUGAUCCAAAAACAAUAAAAAACAAAAUAUAAAUACAUUAAUGUAACGGUAAAAAUUAGCGCUAACCUUAAAGAACAACAAUCUGAACACACACACAAACUCAUACAUACACAGACACAAACACAAUGGCCAGAGAUAGGCUGCCAGAGCUUUUGCAGCGCUCGCUGAGCACCAACUCAACGUCAUCCUCCUCAAAUGGUUCGUUGCUGCUCAGCGUUUAUAACGCCACCACCGAAACACUCAGCAACAACAACAAUAACAGCAACAACAGCAGCGGUGACAGCAACAAUAAGGAUCAACGCAGCAAAAUGACACAACAGGGCACCAAUGUGGAUGCUAUUCUGAAUCCGUAUUCGGAGAUUCGUUAUCAAUUGUCGCAAAUCGCUGCCAAUCUGGAGGCCAUGGACCGCAUGUCGCAGACAAUCCAUCUGCGCACUUUUAGCGAGAACGAAAUGGAUGAGCUGCACAGCAAGAAUCUGCGACUGGGCAAUCAGCUGAUGAACCGAUUUAGGGACUUCAAAGCGAAUCUGCCGCCAGAGACGGAUUAUAGCUUGGAGGCGCGUAUGAAGCGCACCUUAUUCUAUGGCCUAUACCAGACAUACAUCAAUCUGUGGCAAAAGAACGAGCUAUUCCUGCAGAACUAUGAGACGAAGGUGAAGAAGAACCUCCGCAUUCAUUCCAAAAUCGUCAAUGCGGAGGCGACUGCACAGGAGAUUGAGUUGCUCAUUGAGAACAAAUCGACAAAAUUGUUUGUGGACAAUAUACUUCAAGAGACGGAAAAGGAGAGGCAGACAUUGCGAGAUCUCAUGGAUCGCUUCAACGAGCUGCGCAAGUUGGAGAAAUCAAUUGAAGAUGUUCAUGCGCUAUUCAUGCGCAUUCAGACACUCGUCAUGGAGCAGAGCGAGACGAUACAGCGAGUGGAGUUCCAUGCAAACCAGGCAACGCUUUUUACAGAAAAGGGUGGUACUGAGCUGGAUAAGGCCCAGGAUCUUCAAAAGCGGGCUAGAAAGAAAAAGAUAAUGCUCAUUGCGAUACUCGUCGCCGUAGUGUUAGUACUGCUAUUCAUCGGUAUUUAUUUGUGAUGCACAUAAGCACAAAAUAUUUUUGUUUAUUUUUUUUCUAAUCUUUUAAGUCGAAUAAAAUUAGUUUUGCUAA